UCCAAGGUGUUGCAUCUCCGGAACCUUCCUUGGGAGUGCACGGAGGAGGAGCUUGUCGAGCUCUGCAAGCCGUUUGGGAAGAUCGUCAACACCAAAUCCAACGUUGGCGCUAACCGCAACCAGGCCUUUGUUGAGUUUAAUCACAACCUGUGGGUGGUCCUAUUGAAAGAAGGCUUCAAUUUUAGGUGCUACUCACUACCUUAAAUUUAUGGGUGCUGUUAUUCCAAGCAUGUGUAGAUAAUGCACAAUGAUAUUUUUGUGAUCCUACAGAUUUUGGAAGUGGAUUUCUUUGAUACUGUUCGGUCGUGAUUUGCCAUUUGAAUUGUAUGAGCUAUUGGUUGUUGGCUAUGCUCUAUAAGUGAUGGGGAAUGUAUACAUGCAAAAGGAUUUAAAGAUGGCCUUAUUUCUCAAUGGGAGGCAUAUGGUUGGUGUGUUCCUGAUUUUAACUGUAGGCUUGAGGUGGACCUUAACCAAGCCAUAUCAAUGGUUUCAUAUUAUGCUUCAUCCUCUGAGCCUGCACAGGUUCGUGGCAAAACUGUCUAUAUUCAAUACUCAAAUAGGCAGGAGAUUGUUAACAACAAGGGUUCUGGUGAUAUUGCUGGGAAUGUCUUACUAGUUACCAUUGAGGGUGUCGAAGCAGGUGAUGUCAGCAUAGAUGUGAUUCAUCUGGUUUUUUCUGCAUUUGGAUUUGUUCACAAGAUUGCUACGUUUGAGAAGGCAGCUGGAUUUCAGGCCUUGAUCCAGUUUACCGAUGCAGAAACUGCCUCAGCUGCUAGAAAUGCGUUAGAUGGAAGGAGCAUUCCAAGAUACUUACUCCCACAACAUGUUACCUCGUGCCACUUGCGCAUAUCAUAUUCUGCACACACAGAUUUAAAUAUCAAAUUUCAGUCACAUCGCAGCAGAGAUUACACAAAUCCCUAUCUGCCUGUGAACCCUUCGGCAAUAGAGAACGCACUACAGCCUGCACUAGGUCCCGAUGGUAAGACAAAGGAGCCUGAUGAGAGCAAUGUACUUCUUGCUUCCAUUGAGAAUAUGCAAUAUGCUGUUUCUGUUGAUGUGCUUCACACUGUCUUCUCGGCCUUUGGUAAAGUCGAAAAAAUUGCAAUAUUUGAGAAGAAUGGUGGCAUGCAGGCUUUAAUCCAGUAUCCCGAUGUGACGACUGCAUCAGUUUCUAAAGAAUCUUUGGAAGGGCACUGUAUCUAUGAUGGUGGUUACUGUAAGCUUCAUCUGUCAUAUUCUCGUCAUACUGAUCUCAAUGUAAAGGCACACAGUGAUAAAAGCAGGGAUUAUACAAUUCCUGAUUCAGGCGUUCUUUCAAUACCACAAACUCCUGCUGUGCCUGCUGGUGUUGGCAGUUGGCAAGGCGCUCCUCAUCCUCCAUCAGUGUAUGGUGCAUCAGCAAUUUCUGAUGGGCAAAUGCCAACAUGGGAUCCUAAUAUGAUGGGGGUUCGGCCUGAUUACCCUACAGCACCUAUCACAUACACAGGACAAACUUAUUCCCCGUCCUCGCUAUCUCUAUACCCUACAUCUACAUCUACAUCUACAUCUACAUCUACAUCUGGGCCGCAUCCUAUUACUUCUGAAUUACGUCAAGCUUCUCAAUUGCCUGUAUAUGGUGCUCAACCGGGCUCUCGGCCUUCAGCUCUUCCUCCCUCAAUGGGGCGACCACCUUUGCAUUAUUAAUGUAUUCUGUAUCCACCGUCAAUCUCUACCAGUUUGCUGUCAAAGGGCCUUUUAAGUCAAAAGUUGAUCACCGCUGUUGGUUUUCAUAGUUUUGUGGUAUGUAUAACUAGUUUUUAUUCUUUGAUAGCUUUUCCAACGAAAGACCCAACAAGAGCGGUGUUUCACUUAUUUGUGUUAUCUGGUGAUUUUAAUGUUGGUUGAUGACAACCUAUGGCUGCUUUUUGCAAGAGGUAAGAAGUUGAAGAUUCUUAGAAUUUUUUUUUUCCAACGCCUAAUGUAUAUUUGUUCUGUUUA